UUUGCAUGAUUUUUCUUUUGCAGAUGUUCAGCCUUGCUCGAACUGCAGCUGUGGGAUAUUUUAAGACCUUUUUCCGGCUUUCAUUUUUCAUAACUGUUGGUUUUCUUUUAAGCAACUCAAUUAAAAUCAAGACUUUCACUGCUGUUUUUGCAUGCUGCGUCUUUUGGUAACCAAAUCCCUCACAUGAAGCGCCCCGAGGGGGGAGUUUGGCACACUUUUACGCGCGGCAUCCGCCACAUCUUGAGCGCAUCGCUGACCAGAUCUUACACUGAAAGAAGUGCUUACAUUAACAAAAUAGUUUUAUUGAAUUAAAAAAAAGGUUAUUAAGAAACUUUCAACCAAAAACAAGCUGUUUUUUAGUGUCAGGAAGACCACGUCACUGUGUUGAAGAACUCCCACUUUUUCCUUCCAGUUGGAUCAUCAUCCAGCUCUACAGUUAGAGGGGAAACCGGAUAAAGACUUGAACUGAAAACGGUUUAAUCAUGAUGACCGGAUUUCGACUCAACUUGUCGCCCCUGAAGGAGCCUCUGGGGUUCCUUAAACUGGUAGAAUGGCUCACCGCCAUCUUUGCUUUCGGAAGUUGUGGCGGAUUCUCUGGUACCAACAUCGUGUCUCUCUUCUGUGGCGACGGCACAAAUAAAACCCUCAACGCCAACUUUCAAUAUCCAUUUAGACUCAGCAAAUUUCCACUCGUUGAUGGAAACACCACUAUUUGCAAUCACUCUGUCCCUACCACACACCUGAUGGGAGACUCCACAUCGGCCGCUGAGUUCUUCGUCGGCAUCGGGGUCUUAUGUUUCCUGUAUAGCAUGGUAGCUCUGCUGGUUUACUUAGGCUACAUGCACGUCUAUAAAGACUCUGACUUUGGUCCUAUAUUUGACUUUGUCAUCACAGCGGCCCUAGUUUUCCUUUGGUUGGUGUGCUCAUCUGCCUGGGCAAAGGGCCUGCAGAACGUAAAGGAUGCCACAGACACUGAAGCAAUCAGCAACACUCUAGCUCUUUGCAAAGGAAGCAACAUAACCUGCGAGGUCACGGACUUCGCCAACAUGCGGACGCUCAACAUCUCUGUGGUGUUUGGCUUUCUCAACAUGUUCAUUUGGGCCGGCAAUGCCUGGUUUGUUUACAAGGAGACUCGCUGGCACUCCCAGAAAUUCUCCUCCCAACCAGGACCUGGAAGGCAGCAGGUCCCUGCGCCAAUCUAACGCCGCCUUCCUCUUGUUGCCACACGUAAACAUGCAUACAACACAGAAAGAAAGUCAAACCUUCACCAUAUAAACACAUAUUUAAAGAUACACUUAGGAAGUUUUUAAAAAGAGUCAGUAAGAUGUUCUUGUUAGAUAAAAUAAAGGAGAGAUUGGUGGAAAUUGUCAUCAGUCAACUUAAGCUUGGUGUUUUUUUUAUUGAUAGCUCUGGAAGGAUCAAAUCAUAUUUUGCGUAUAUUUCUUCCUACAGCUUAGGAACAAUAAAAACAAAGCUUAAUCUGAACUUCAUGCUGGCCCUUUGGUCCAGAUGUACACAAAUCCAGUUUUUUAUUUUGCUAGCAAAUGCCACCAUCAUUUUAUUUAGAAUGCUGGUGCUGGUGAUUGAAAGAUAAUCAUUAUAAAAUUCACUAAAACUAGGUCUGCAAACCCACAGUGCCACCGAGCCUUCACCUUGCUUAAUAGUGGAUUUGAUUUGCUUUUUAACAGAUUUGUUUUUUCACUUGAGCCCAACCAGAGGGAAGCUUAUGGUUUCUGUCAAAGUUAGGAAGAUCCGAGUGUUUUCAGUCCCGCAGCAUCACAGAUCCUACACCGUAUUUAAAAGUGCACACUUAGUGCUUUCCAUAAAUGUAUUCUUAGUUUAGUGUUUCCAUUGUUACCUUCCUCGUUGGUGUGUGAAGCCACAAGGUGCAACAUUGUCCGCAUUUUAGAAAUUAAUAGUCACAUAUUAUUAGUUUAUAGCUCACAGAUGCUUUGUUCAUCCAUCCAACUUAUUCGUCAGGGUGACGUGGCGCUGGUAUCUAUAUCCAGAGGUAUUUGUAUAAAAGGAAGGGUACAUUUUAGAAUAAAUUGCCCGUCUAUUGCAGGAAAACACAAAGACAUACAGUUACAGGAAUUAAGCGAUUUCAUUUAUCAUGAACAACUAUUUCUUCAGACUUUAUGUUUCUUCACCUAAUAAAUGUACUUAAAUUAAAGUUUAAGAAAGGUUUGACGAAAGAAAACAUUUAUUUUGAUGGUUUUUUACACGUUUUCUAUGACAUAAGGAAAGAUAAAUGCAUUGGAAACGACAUUUUAAUACAUUUAAAUUUUAAAAACAAAAUCACCCUUUUUUUUUAUUAUUUUUUAUGUCAAUAUUUUUUUCUUUUUUUUAUGAACUAUGUAAGCAUUUAAUUCUAAUAUGUAUAGUAUUUUGAUAUCUUUAGAAUUAAUGUUUUAGAUUCGCCACCUACUGGUUGGUGGUAGUAACUGCACCUUCAGGUGAGACUUAAUCUUUUGCAUCAGCUGUAUUAUAUUUUGCUUUUCAGCUUUAGGGGGGGAAAAAAGAAUAUGAAGUCCUUUAAAGCUCAAAUAUUAGGGACGUGGUUUAUCUCAUGGAGCUUAAUGUAAUACAAUUUUUUAAGCACAAACCGAAGAAAACCAGAGAUUCUGUGUUAAGUGAUGAAACACUUUGAACUGAGGUACCAAUUAAAGUACUAAAGAUUGCUUUGAUUGUUUAGCUUUCCCUGUAAUCCUAAAGAAUGUAAUAUUAAUUUUUUUGCUCUAUGCAAGUUUUAUUAUUUACAUUUUUCGGAUUACAUAAUAUUCCACCAAAGCACUAUUUUUGCAGCUCGUUUUGUUUUAUCGAAUGUCCAUUUUCAUAAACCUUCUGUAAACCCAGUCAUGUUUCUAUAUUUUACUUUGUCUUCAGUAUCUAAUGAUAUUUCAUUCUCUGCUACAUUGUAAUGGUAUCUUUUUUCUGAAAAAUAGGUCAAAUUUCAGUAAAACAGUGACUGUCUACAGUGUACUGGUGAUACAUUUCUGCAGUGGUGCUGAAAAGGAAUCCACUCUCUUCAAUGUGAACCGAUGAUUUCAUUGUGUGUGUUGAUU